UUUUCGUUCUAAAAUAUGCAAUGAUUUCUAUACAUAUAUUGAACGUUUUCGUCGAAAGGAAUCGCACGAUACACUUUCAACCCCGUAUACAGAUUGGAAGACCUUUAAAAAUAGAAAGAUGUUUAACUUCCAUUUAAAAAACUCAAAGUGACUUCAAAAUUCCUUCAACGACUUUAUUUAGAAAGAAAGUAUCGCCACCAUGUUAUGUCCUACCUCGAAAUCAUGCAACAUGUUUUUUCUAUUAUUUAAAAUAGAAUAGAUAUCAAGGUGAUUUGUUUCCAGUGGGAUAUGUUGUGUGUUUAUGUGCAUAUGUGUUUCGACGAUGACUUCAAAUCAUGGAAUCCUGUAUGUGUAAGAAGUGAUAAGAGAGGGAGGGAAGGAGGCAUUAUGCACUGUUGGCAAUUACUAUCACUUGAUGUUUUUAGUUUUACUUAUAUAGUUACCAUCUGUUCAUUGAAAACACACGAUUGUGAAUAGUGACAUACAUAAAUGUGCGCGCGAAAGACGACACUGUAACGUUCUUAUUAUUUUUGCCGAUAGAAAUAUAUUAUUUAACGUACUCAUCAUGACGAUAGAUAGGAAUAUGGUAAAUGUGUUAAUAUUGAGUUGGGGCUUCAUGCUGGUAUUUACAGCAUUUCAGACAAUGGGCAAUAUUGAGAAAACCGUGCUGCAAAGUAUUCGGAACGAAGAUCCAAAUUUCACCGGCGAGGCUUACACUAGCUUAGCGAUAGUUUAUGCCGUGUUUGCCUCUUGCAACUGGUUAGCACCGUCUUACAUCUCCGUGACAGGACCACGGUUUGCCAUACUUACUGGCGCUGUCUGCUACGUCAUUUUCAUAGCGUCUUUCCUCUGGCCACACAAUGCUCUCCUCUACGGCACAUCAUGUCUUCUAGGUCUCGGUGCCGCUUUAAUAUGGACAGGACACGGACAAUAUUUAACCGAGAACAGUAACUCCGAGACGAUGUCCAGGAACGCAGGAAUAUUUUGGGCGAUUUUUCAGACCUCGAUGUUCAUCGGUAACCUUUUCGUCUACUUUAUGUUUACCGAGUCCGAAAUCGAUCGCUCGACGAGAAGAAUUGUCUUCGGUGUACUUACCGGUUUAUCAAUUGGAGGCACAUGCGUUCUGGCUGUUCUGAGAAGGAUACCUCAGAGGCUAGAAUUGGGAGAAGCUGAAGGUGUUUCCAGCGCUGACAAGGAACUUCACAUGCCUGAACCGACAAAAGAGAAACCGUUGCUAGUCGCUUGGCAUGCGUUCACGGAUGCAUUUAGUCUCUUCCUCACGUCGAAGAUGCUUUUAUUGUCUUUGACGUUCGUGUACACUGGUCUCGUAUUAACGUUUUAUUCGGGGGUCUACUCGUCGUGUAUCGGAUUCACUACAGCAAUGGGUAAACCGCGUAAAGGGUUAGUUGGCCUUUCUGGAAUUUUCAUUGGAAUUGGAGAAGUCUUCGGCGGCGCUCUGUUUGGUAUUUUUGCGUCUAAAGUGUCUCGUCUGUUCGGCACAUGGACAGUCGUGAUCAUAGGUUUCUGCGUACAUUUGUUUGCCUUUAUCACCAUAUUUUUAAAUUUACCGAACGACUCGCCAUUUAAGGACACCGACAAUUUAGGAUAUAUCCAACCUUCGCCAAUUUUAGCAAUGGCCGGAAGUCUCGCAUUAGGUUUCGGUGAUGCUUGCUUUAAUACUCAAGUGUACGCGGUACUAGGAUCACUGUUUGUAAAAAGGAGCGCUUCAGCUUUUGCACUGUUUAAAUUUUGCCAAUCGGUGGCAGCUGCGGUAAGUUUUGCUUACAGUAGCGAGGCGAGCCUUUACAUACAGCUUCUUAUAUUGACGAUAGCGAUCGUUAUCGGUACGGUUGCGUUUUGUUUUGUUCAAUAUCUCAUGAAAAAAGAACGAACUGAAACACCGUCGGAAGUCGAUCCAACGCUUGUUGCGGAUUAAGCAACGAAAUUUGCCGAUUACGCCGGAAAACAAUUUAUCAAAUACACCUAUCCCCGGAUUUACACGGAAGAUUAGUUCAUCAGAACAUGAUGUCAUAAGAAUUCACUGAACAAAUAUGCGCGCGGCGUAAAUUUUCGUUUUUGACAGUUUUUAUUUUUAAAAAACCGCGAAAAAGCGAAAUCGUGUAGAACAAGCACCGCGUAAAUCAAGGGUUAGAGUAAAAUACUCAAUACUAUGUAGAAUUUACUUCAUUCACUAAGGGAGAGGUACUAAAGGUAAUAUUGUUUAAAAUAAUGAGAAUGUUAUUAUUGUACAUAUGUGUAUUAAAAUAACGAAACGAAAGAGCAAUAGAAACUAAAAUAUUGUCAAACUAAUUGUGAUAUUUGUUCUUCUAAAAAAAUAUUCCGAUAUAUAAUAAAUUCAAAAUUAUAAAGUAUAAGGAGCUUUAAUAUUGCUCAGUAUUUGUAUGCUCGACGCGUGAAGAAAUAGAAAAUGCUCGUCUCGUUGUCGAGAAGACAUAUUUUUAUAUCUUUUCUACGAAAAUAUGUAUUUUAAGCUCUUCGGUUACGUGAAAGUGUUAUAUGUUGUUCCAAUUUCUUAAAAUAUAAUGUUGAUAAUGAAAUGUGAUCGAAACCGAAAGAUUAAGUAUUAUAUUACAAUAAGUUGACAAAAAACAUUAGUGCAAUGCAAUGUAUCAUACUGUAUCAUACUACUUUGAAGAAUUGGUCUCAGAAGCGAUCCUCCUGAGGGAAAUGCAGGCUUUAGUCCUGAUGAGUGUUAUGGCACUUAUGGUCCUGAUCAUUCCUCUUCAGAGACCAAGUGAGACCAACUCUUACGGAAAGUAAAAGUAGUGCAUUCGCUCGAAUAGCUCGAAAACGAGGAUGGAUUAAAGUCCUGAUUUUAAGACAAGUGGCCCCCAAACAUUACGCCUCGAAAUGUUGACUACGAUACUUAAAUACAAAUGCGAACGCAGAGUCGGUUUGACCUAUGAUGAAAUCAAUUCCUUACGAGUUCCAACGGGUAUUAAAAUGUUUCAAAACGUCGUUUAUGUUAGAUUUUUACACGAAUACAUUUUUAAGGUAUUUCAUCAAUACUACUCAUGGUAACUGAACAGGAUGUUUUCGAAAACAUAAAAUUUACUGAUGUUUUAGACUUAUCUCCAAGAAAUUAUGCACAACAAAUGUUUAAAUAUUACUGCUUGUAAAAACAAAUUAAAUCUUCUUGAACUUCUUUUCCUUUGUUGUAUCUUGAUACAACUUUCGACCAACGAAUAAAAGUUAAAGAACUGUUUAUUCGUUAUUCGUUAAAUAAAAAUCAAUAAGG